CAACUUUGUGAUGUAAAAUUGAAUGAGAAGUCAUUUCGCUUAAUUAUCUCUUCUCUCAAAGGGUACAUAUAUAUCAAUUCGCUUCAUUUAAAUUAUCGGAAAUAUUAAUGGUCUAAUUCAUCGGUGGCCUUCUAAAAUUGACGCUAAUUUUCAGUUAGACAUUUCAAUUAAGCUUUGUUCAUUUUAGACAUUUAAUGUUAUGUCUUGUUGUGUUAUUUUGACUUUAUUUACUGACAUGGCCUAGUGAAUGUAAUACACUCAAUACCAGCGCGUGAAAGACUCAUUUAAUCUUUUUGUUUUAUAUUUUUUUCAUUUUUUUCCUCAUUUUCAGCUACCGUCUCUCAAAACUUGAACUCCUUCUAUGGAGAAAUAGUAUAGACGAUGCCACGAACAAAUAAAAAAUAAAUUUCAACACGAAGAGAUUAAACCAUUCAAUCCAUUACAAAAGUCAUGAUUCAUGUUGUCACAAAGAAGAAUGGUAAUGGAAAAACUUGAAAAAGACGAUGGGUGGGGUGGGAGAGGUAUGGAGAAGACGAUGUGGGUGGAGUUUUUUUUUUUUUUAAAUUUCUUGUCCAUUCUUCUAAAAUGGAGUAUUAUUUAAAAAUUAGUUUUAAUGUAUAUACCGUGUGAUUUAUUUAAUUUGUCACUUCAACAUGUCAUCAGCGAGUGUGUUAUACAGAUUAUAUAUAUUUUCCUAAUUGUUAAAAAAGUGCUAAAAUAACACAAUGUACUAUGACUUUAGAUAUUUAAAAUAAACAACAAUUAAUUAAGAUGACUAAGUGAAGAUUAGUGUCAAUUUUAGGAGGUCAUUAAUGAGUUAGGUCGAUAUUAAUGGAAGACACAAUGGCCAAAAUAAAAUGAUUAAACUAUUGGUAAAAUGUUGAAAUUCAUUGAAUGGUCAUGCCCAAAAUUUAAUUGGAAGUGAGAAACGAAGCACCAAAAACUCCUAUUUCGAGAUAGAAGAUCAAAGAGCAACAUACUUGUAAAGGUGUAAAUAAUACUACGACUUAUAAAUAUCUUAAUCAAAACUCUUUUAUAUAUAUAUAUAAUAAUAACUCAAUCUUCCAAUAUCAUAAAUCCACAAUUUUUGAAAAAAGAGAACAAUAAAACUAUACAAUAUAUGGAUAUGAUCAAAAUUGGGGCAAUUGGAGGACGUGGUGGAUCAAUUUGGGAAGAAAAAGCAGAUGAAUUAGUUGGAAUUAUUGUUUCUUACGAUGAAGACGUAGUUUAUUCACUUCAGUUUUUGAAUUAUGUGAAUGGAGAAUUACAUAUGUCAGGAAAUCAUCAAUUUUUUGGUGGAUUUCAUGGCACUGAGAAUUCUAAGGGCUUUAUUGGGAGUAUUGUGAAGGAUGUUCCAUCUUCUGUGAUCAAGAUUAAAGAUUCUCAAGUUAAGGUUAAAGAGGAAAAAUAAGAAGAUUAAUUAUAUUUGUAUAAUAUAUGAUAUAGUACAGUUUGUAUUGUUUAUUUACUAAUUUUGAUUUAGCUUUACACAAAGUAUUUUUGUUGUUUUGGUUAACCUAUAUGUAUUGAUCC